AUGGCUAAUGUUCAAGGUCAAAUAAUUGGUGAAGAAGAUGAUGAAGAAGUGGAGCAUGAAUGGCUCGAUGAGCAUCCGAUUGAAGAAGUUGUGAUAACUCAAGACGGACAUCAAGAUCAAGAAUAUGUGGACAUUGACAUGCAACAUCUCCCAAUGGAAUACGAGGAAAUCGAUAGUUAUCCAUCAUUGUUGCCUGUCAGAGACGGAAUUCCACUUUUGACACUGAAUUUGCCGGAUUUGAUGAGCAAAACGAUCAGUUUUACGAAUGGCGAGAAGAUGAGCCUGUGUUUUAAUAAAAGAUGUCAGAGACAAGUGGCUUUUGAGGGAUUUUUGUAUACGAUUGUGGGAUAUGUGAGUUUUUUGUUGAAAUUUGGGGAAAAGUGCUCGAAAACCUGAAAAUAUUGAAUUUUGAGCUGCGAAACGUGAAUUUUCAGCUUUUUUUGCUCGACAAUUUGAAAUUUUUGAGCUGAAAAACCUAGAUUUUCAUGAAAAAAUCGAUUUUCUAGCUUAAAAUUGUGAAUUUUCAGCUCCAGAAGCUUGUUUUAUAUCAAAAACUAGUUUUUGAACUGAGAAUUAGCUGAAAAAUCUAGAUUUUCAGGCUGAAAAACCUGAAUUUCAAGCCCCAGAAGCUUGUUUUCAUGAGAAAGUUUGAUUUUUAAUUGAAAAACUUCGAUUUUCCAGCUGAAAAACGUGAUGUUUUAGCUCGGGAAGUUGAAAAAUCUCAAAUUCACGUCCCUAAAGCUCAUUUCCGUAUGAAAGUUCGAUUUUUGAGCUGAAAAACCUAGAUUUUCAUGAAAAUAUCGAUUUUCUAGCUGAAAAACGUGGGUUUUCAGCUCCAGAAGCUUGUUUUCAUGGGAAAGUUUGAUUUUCAAUCGGAAAAUCCGAAUUUCCAGCUUAAAAACGUGAAUUUUCAGCUCGUAAAAGUUAUUUUAUAUCAAAAACUAGUUUUUGAACCGAAAAUUGUCGAUUUCUAAGUUCAAAACCAAGUUUCUAUGAAAAUAUUGGUUUAUUUAGCUGAAAAAACGUGGAUUUUCAGCUCCAGAAGCUUGUUGUCAUGAAAAAGUUUGAUUUUCAACUGGAAAAUCCGAAUUUCCAGCAUAUUUUCAACCAAAAAUCUCGAUUCCAGGUCUCCGAAUCAAUGUGGAACGUGUGGACGUGCGUAAAUCCCCUUUGUGAUGGUUCCAUCCGAUCUUCGCCAAGUUUUCAAGAACUUCGAGUUCGAACCGAUCAUACAUCAGAUUGUUUACAAGACGAGAUGCAGAUUCGCCUAAGAGUUGCGGUUUAUGAUUUGAGAUUGAUGGCUGAGUUUACGGAUUUGAGUUUGGAUGUUUUGCACGCGGGAUUUGGUGAGGAAAAUGGAAUUUUGAAGAUUUUCCACUCGAAAAUCUGAAAUUUUCAUCAAAAUUCACCCUGGAAAGUGUGAUUUCUCAAUAAAAUUACCAAUUUUCGACCUAAAAUUGACCUGAAAUUCAAAAAUCCGACCUAAAAUCACCCGAAUUUUUUUGCAGAAUCUCGAAUGAAAACCGACAAUCCAGACAUACAAUUUCCAAGUUUUGAGGCUCUUAAAAACACGUUGGAAGAUCAUCGAAUCAAUAAAGUUAGUUGGUCUUUUUUUGGCUGAAAUUCCCAAUUUUCAACCCCAAAAUUGGCUAUUUUUUCAGAUUUACCGAAAACGCUUCGAAAUGCAAGCACUCAAAGACAAACAGAAGAAGAUGAACAUGACACCGGAUGAGGUGGUUUUUUGCUGAAAGUACUUCGGGAUUAGUCAGAUUUAAACGCACCAAACCAUUUCCACCGGUGAGUUUUUCGGGGAUUUUCGAGUUUUCCAGAUGAUUCCGGUCAGUUUGAAACCCCACAUGACGUAUUUUUGAUGAAUUUUGCAGUUCGGGUUACUGUAUGGGUCCCGUAGCGAAGCGAAAAUUAUAAUUCUAAAAAUCCUUCAAAAUAUAUCGUGUUUGGUGUCAAAAUGAACGGAAUAAUCUUAGGAACUCGGGAAAACUCAUAGAAACAAAUAAUUUUCAUAAAAUUCUCGAAAUCUACAAAAAUCGAGUCCUCAAAAUUUUGGUUUUGAGUCCCAGACUCGAUUUUCAGACUUUUCAGAUGAUUCCGGUCAGUUUGACACCCCACAUGACCUAUUUUUGAUAAAUUUUGCAGUUCUGGUUACUGUAUGGGUCUCGUAGCGAAAAUUCUAAAAAUCAUCUAAAAUAUACCGUGUUUGGUGUCAAAUUGACCGGAAUAAUCUCAGGAACUCUGGAAAACACAUCAAAAUAAAUUAUUUUCAUAAACCACAAAAAUAGAGUCCUCAAAAUUUUUGGUUUAAGCCCAAGAAAGCUUUAGAUGGGUUCUAGGCUCGAUUUUCAGACUUUUCAAAGAAUUCUGAUCAGUUUGACACCCCACAUGACGUAUUUCUGAUGAAUUUUGCAGUUCGGGUUACUGUAUGGGUCCCGUAGCGAAAAUUCUGAAAAGCAUCUAAAAUAUACCGUGUUUGGUGUCAAAUUGACCGGAAUAACCUCAGGAACUCGAGAAAACACAUCAAAAUGAUUGAUUUUCAUAAAAUUCGUGAAAUCUACAAAAAUCUAGUCCUCAAGUCUCGAUUUUCAGACUUUUCAGAGGAUUCUGGUCAGUUUGACACCCCACAUGACGUAUUUUCGAUGAAUUUUGUAGUUUGGGUUACUGUAUGGGUCCCGUAGCGAAAAUUAUGAAAAUCAUCUAAAAUAUACCGUGUUUGGUGUCAAAUUGACCGGAAUAACCUUAGGAACUAGGGAAAAAACAUGAAAAUAAAUUAUUUUCAAAAUUUUCGCCACGGGACCCUACUAGGUCUAAUUUUUUUAAAUUCGAACCAUAUCAUAUUUGGGCUCAAAAUGCUCAGAAUCACAUAAAACUCAACAAAAACCCAAUUUUCCAGUCAAUUUGCUAUGAUUGUGGCGAGCAAUUGA